UAUUAUGAAAUAUAUUCUGAUCAGCUUUGCUUCACACAUACAAUUCUCUUAUGGGCUUCGUACUGCUUACCUUGAAUUGUGCUUGGACAUCCACUGACACAGCGUCACACAGCAUAAUGUUUUAUCUUAUGUCAUGUAUAUGUUGUAAAGGUGUAAUUUGAUAUUUGGAACAACUGGACGCCAGUGGACGUGUUGGACGGCUCAUAAAAAAAGACAUAAAAAAACAUUAUUUUACCUACAACGUAAACAUAUUCAGAAAAUAUGAUCGAAUAUUUGAACAAUGGCAUGCACACUGGAUUGGCCAUGUAAAGAACAUAAAAAUAUGUUACUUUUUACCUUCUUUUACUUACUUGUUGUGAAAAUAUAAUCCAAUAUUCUGAACAACAGCAUGCACAUUGGACUGCCAACAGAAAAAUAAAAAAAAUGAAUCAAUUUUACCGUCUGUCAUUUACAUAUUGUGAAAAUAUAAUCCAAUAUUUUGAACAACAGCAUGUUGCUGGACUGCCCACAGAAAGAGCUUUCAAAGAUAUUAGAUAAAGAUAUUACUCUUUACUUUACGUACCAUGUGUACAUUUUGCGAAAAUGUAUUCCAAUAUGUUGAAGAAGAGCAUGCUUACGUCAAGUCUUGGACCCUGUGGUAAAUGUCUUCAAUGUGUUGAGAUUGUGAGUGGUGCCUUGAUUGAGUUUCCUGGGUGGCACAGCUUGGAGGGUUGACGUGGGCCGGUGUUAUUGAUGAUAGUUAACAUCAAGGUCAGCCAGUGGAGAUAUCAGAUCCUGCUUGUAUGGAUGACGACAGACAGGCUGUGAUUGUCAAGGUGUUGUUCUUGAUUCACAUCAGAUGGUUCCCUGAUUGAACUGAACAGAGGAGCGGUGCAUACAUCGGAAGUUCCUGCAUCAGACAUUCUUUCUAAUUGUCCUGCUAAUCUAGGAAAGAUUCUACAGAUCAACUAAGUCAGUGAUAAUAGUAAAGAAGAUUUAUCAUGUUGAUGCAUGCUGGAUCAUUUCUGAAGGAUUUGUGUAUUUUGUGUCUGAACAUGGGAAUUCCACACUAAGAACUGUGAAUCUCAAACAAGGAGAUGAUAUUAAUAAUCAUGAAGACUUAACUCCAUGACCUCAAGUGUACAGGUCAUCGUUUACCUGUGUACAAAAGCCGAUGUUCACACCCACUGCACUGACUGCUCCAAUGGCAAGUCUACCACUACAGGACAGAGGGGAGGAGAAGAGGAGUCUCCUGGGCCCCGAGGACAUGGAGAGCCUUGAGAUCUACCUUGAGUUCCAGAUCUGCCGGCGGAAGCUGGAGAGCAAGAACGAAGCGCUGAUGAUCCUGAAGAAGGAGAUGGACGAGUGCCGGAGUGAGCGCGACCAGUUCAAGCUGAUGGCCGAGCAGCUCCGGGAACGCUACCAGGCUUUCAAGAAACAACUUGUGGGAAAUUCUCCGGCCGGCCAGGCCAACAACCACCAUGACGCAGGAUACUACAUGGACAUGCAGAAUCAGAGUCUGGUGAAGUUGUUGUGUGAGACGAAGGAGAACAACAAAUCGCUUCAGUUCGAGGCCGACGAUCUCCGCCAGAAGCUGGCCGAUGCUCAAGGUGACAUCAAGUUGUUACGAGAGCAGAUAGCCAGACAGCGAGUGGGCACCACGGAUGAAGGUAUCAACACUCGGCACUUCCCGGCGUACGAGAGAGAGGAUCUGGUGGCCCAGCUAGAGGCAGCCAGAGAACAGUACCUGCAGCUAGAGAGAGACCUACAGCAGGUGCUUGAUGAGAAGGAGGAGCAAGUGACAGAGAGGGACGCCUACAAGACCAAGUACGAGCGCCUCAACACAGAACUCAACUACAUCCUCAAGGGCGAUGAGAAGAAGAUUGUUGACAUUGAUGCUUUGGUUAAUGAAAACAAAUAUCUCCUGGAGAGGCUGAAGCAGAUGGAGGAGGAGAAGACAAUGGCCAUGGCUACGGUGUCCAAGUACAAGAGCAUGCUGGAGAGGAAGAAGAACAAAGGCAUACUGAAGCUUGGCCAGAGUCGGAGUGGCGGCCUGGUCAUCUCACAGAAACAGGUUCAGCACAUCCUGCAGAGUCAGACGGGCAUCCCGGCCACGCCCCAGUCGAUGGCGGACCUCCAGGGUCUCUGCAGCGCCCUGCUCGACACCAUCAACGACAAGAGUCUGGCGCUGUCACAUCAACGCAAGACAAACAAGAUUCUGGGAAACCGUGUGUCUGAACUGGAGAAGAAGCUGAAGACGCUGGAGGUGGCUGGGUUGUGGAACGUCCCAGGUAAUCAGGGGUUCGAGGAAGGAACUAUCCAAAGUCUUGCCAAACUGAAAGCUGAAUGUGAGGAGAUGAAAAUGCUGGUUCCCCGCCAGAUGUCUCAGUCGAGUGAGAACUCUGACCAGAGAGACAUCCUCGACAGCCUGGAUUCUGACAUCUCCUCCGUCACAUCCACGCCUAACAUUAGCCCUGCCCACAAAGGUCAGAGACCAGGGGGGACAACUCUGUGUAUGGAGGACCUAGACUUGCUGCCCACUAAAGAAGAAUGUAUUCGAAUAAUGGACAAAGGUGAAGUGCAAUCACUCCUAGGAGAUGGAGAUUGUUCCAGUUUUAACAUUCAGUGCAGUGGGUCUAACGAGGACACUACUGAUGAAAAUCCAGAAGAGAGCAUUGAAGAGGAGGUAACUCUUGAACAUGUUGAAGACGAAGAAACUGCCGAAAAAUUGAAAACAUUAAUGGAGGAUGUGACCGCUAAAAUCAAGGAACAGUCACACGGUGAUCAAAGGUCAAGGCAGUCCGCCUCCGAUGAGGACUAUAUAGACAAUUGUGAAAACCCCUUGUUGAAAUCUGACACUGUUGAAAACGGAAUUGAUGACAGGAAGGGAGAUAACUCUGAUCGAUCUGCUUCCCCGAGUUGUGACCAACCUUUGCUUGAUGAUGAAAAUGACAGACAGGACAAUUCAGAAUCAUUGCAUAAUGUACAAGUGUAAAUCUUAUUAAUGUUAUUUCAUGUUUUCUGAAUGCUAAGCUUCAUGUGCAAUGUUACGUCCUGAUCAGUUCAAGGAUUUGUAUAAAGGGUGUCAGUUGUGUUCAAUAACAUGUUUUGGAUGUGAUAUAAUCCGUGGAUUUUAUGAAACUAAUGCAUGGCUAAGGUUGUGGUAAGCCUCUGUUCCAUUCCAUUGUUUGACCCUGGUGUAGUGUUUGUUGUGUUCUAGAUAACAAUUGUUGUGCAGAGACACCCUGUCAGUCCGGGAACUUCUUCCUGGAUGCCUGCUGUCAGGAACAUCCACUACAUACCAAACACUACCCACCCCAUCCCACCCUGUUUAA